UCCGGUAACUCUGUAGACUUGGUAACUGUGGGGCAAGGAAGAAAUCCACAGUAACCUUUAUUUCCACAUGCCUUUCUGGGAGGGAGGGGGAGUUACAGUAGAGCAGUUCUUAGUGAAAUGGAGACCGGAGUUGUAAAACUACAGAUGCAGGCUGCAGGGGGUUAAGUCGGAGAGAAGGCGUUUCCUUUCUGGGAGGGAGGUUGGAGUUUCAGGAGGAGAGUUUGUGACGUGAAACAGAGAGAACGAAGCUGUAAAAGUUACAAAACGACUAAGGCUGACUGCAAGGGGGAUUGGUGGUUGGGGGAUUGGUGGUUGCUGGCUCAGGGGACAGAAGGAUCAAUCCAGCAGGGCACUAACACUGAGACUUUGAAGCCUCUGAGCUACUGAUGCUUUACACAGUUUAGGAUUGACAGCACUGACAGCCAAUGAGGAGAGACAGAGUUGUUAGGCAAAUAAAUCCGACCCCGACCUCAGAGCUGCCCAGAGGCAGAACCCCUUUACAGAGAAGUGAAAAAAAAAAAAAAAGCAGGAAGGUGCAAACAUUGAAGAACAGACCAGAAGAUAAGUGAAAAGAAUGCAUUAAUUAGUGACUGCAUAACAGAAGCAUCUACUUCUGAAGACAACAUGAAGAUAAGAAAAAGAAUUGACAUUCUCAACUGGCACAUUGGCAAAUAAGCCUCACUUUGAAUGCUUGGGGUUGCUGUAGGAUAGAUACAAAGAGCAGAACAUGGAAGUACAGCAGUUACAGGACGUCCUCUUCACAACAGCAGCUCCUGACAAUAACAAUAUUUCUUACAGGGAAAACCUCAUUGGAACACUGCUUGCCAUAUUUGGACAUUUUGUUGUCAGUAUUGCACUUAACCUACAGAAAUAUAGUCAUGUUCGACUGGCUGGUUUCAAAGAUUCUCGUUCCUACUUCAAGACAAAGACGUGGUGGUCUGGUCUCUUUUUGAUGAUAAUUGGAGAGAUUAUGGUGUUUUCAUCCUAUGCCUUUGCACCCCUCUCUCUUAUUGUGCCACUCAGUGCAGUCUCUCUCAUAGCCAGCUCACUCAUAGGUAUUAUAUUUAUUAAGGAGAAAUGGAAACCAAAGGAAUUCUUUAGACGUUAUAUUUUGUCCUUUGUAGGUUGUGGUUUAACUAUCAUUGGUAUCUACUUGUUGGUCACAUUUGGACCAAACAGUCAUGAGAAGAUGACCGGAGACGUUAUUGUCAAGCAUUUAGUUAGCUGGCCUUUUUUGGUCUACACGCUGGUGGAAAUUUUAGUUUUCUGUAGCUUAUUGUAUUUCUACAAACAGAAGAAUGCCAAUUACUUGAUUGUUAUCUUGCUGCUGGUAGCACUAUUAGACUCAACUACAGUGGUGGCUGUAAAGGCAGUAGCUGGUAUGAUUGUUGUUUCAAUACAGGGCACCAUGCAGUUAGGAUACCCCAUCUUCUACAUCAUGUUUGUGUGUAUGGUGGCUACAGCUAUAGCACAAGCAUCGUAUCUGAGCCAGGCAUCCCAGCUUUAUGAUUACGCUUUGAUUGCAAGUGUCAACUACAUCCUGUCCACUAGUAUAGCUAUUUGUGCAGGUGCAAUAUUUUAUGUGGACUUCCUUGGAGAAGAUGUGCUUCACUUGUGUAUGUUUUCUUUGGGAUGCCUUCUUGCCUUCCUGGGGGCCUUCCUUAUUACAAGAACUGGGAAGAAAAAGAAAACAUUUGAACCCUACGUUACAAUGAGUUCAUUGCCAGCAGGACUGCAAUCAAUGUAUGACAAUGGCAAUGCUGUUCAGCCAGAAUUUGGUUCUUUUUCCUAUGGAGCCUUGCAGAACAAUGACAUGUCAGAAAUGUACUCACCAGCUACCCUACCUGUUGUUAACGAAGAAGCAUCUCCUGCACCGCCUUACAAGACGCUGGAUCACAAUAAGACUGAAUAGGGGCAUAUGCUCCUGCUAGUAAUGACUUGACCGCAAGACUUUCCUGAGAUGCAGUCCCUAAAACAGAGUUACAGCUAACAUUUCUAAUUGCUACUGUUUCAAACGAAUUUAACCUGUAUUGGAAAGAAUGAGGACAGGAGCAGAAGAAUUACAGUUCAGCCACGUGUCAUUCUUUCUUCGGAAUAUACUCUGUUAAACCAGUCAUGAAAUAUAAGCCAGCCCUUAUACAAGAGAUGCAAAACUUUAUAGAGUUGGAUGGGUUGGCUCCUUGCAAGGUGACCAUUUGCACUAGACGUGGGAAUGAUUUCAUUUAUAGGCAAUGACUGCUGCUUCCUUCGGUUGCUUAAAGCACAUUACCGAUGAAACAAGACAGAAUGCCUAUAGUUAGUACUAACUUAUUUGUAUAGUCUAGAAAUGAUAUAGCCUUUGGAUCACAUACCUGUCCUCUGUCUUUACCAACACUGUAUAUUUGGUGAAUAUCUGCAGAACAAGUGGAGAAUUAACCGGAAGGAAACGUCUGACUGUGCUGCUGUUGGGUAUUCGCCAAAUAAGCCACCGAUUAAAGCCAGAGGCCGGCUUUAAGAACCUAUUAGUCUGAGGUCUCUAAACCAGGACUCCACUUCAAACCCAUUAACUCCGUUACCAAAGAGUAAACUAUUGUGUUGCAGUGUGAUAUGUUGCUGGCUAUUACCAUUUCAGUUUUCAGGACUGUAAAGCGUUUUGGUAAUGCUAUGUAAGAAGUGGAUGAAAACUUUGUCUUAAAUAGGCGUGGAAGGGAACAUUUGACAUUGUGCCUAAAUAAUUUCAGACUGUUAUUGAACUUGAAAAUACAGAUCUUUUGUGUUUCUAUCACUAA